AUGGUCAGUCCGCCCCUGGCCUGGCUUUAUUUCAACUUAACUGAGACAAGCUCAUUAAUACAGAUAUAUUUCUCCUUUGUAGCAAAGAAGCUCCACGCUCUGAGCAUUGAUGGCUUUCUCAUAUAUUUGUUGUCUCUGGAGGGGUCCAUAUUUAAUGUGAGCCACACGCCGCUCUACCAAGACAUGACACAACCGCUGUGCAACUAUUUCAUCUCCUCCUCCCAUAAUACCUACCUGAUGGAGGACCAGCUCCGUGGUCAGAGCAGUGUGGAGGGCUACAUCCGGGCGCUGAAGAGAGGCUGCCGCUGCGUGGAGGUGGACACCUGGGACGGCCCCAACGGAGAACCCAUUGUGUACCACGGGCACACUUUUACUUCCAAAAUCCUCUUUCGUGACGUGGUGUCAGCCAUCAACAAGUAUGCAUUCAGGGCAUCCAAGUUUCCGGUCAUUCUGUCCCUGGAGAACCACUGCAGUGUGGAACAGCAAGAUACCAUGGCACAACACCUGAAGAGCAUUCUGGGAGAACAACUUGUGAUGGGCACUCUGGAUGGGCGGAUCCCUACUCGCUUACCCUCCCCUGAGGAGCUGCGUGGUAGAAUCCUGCUGAAAGGGAAGAAGAUUGGGAGUCUGGAGGAACAGCCUGAAGACUCUUACAUCGGGGAUGUGUCCGAGGAGGAGGACAGUGGAGGAACAGAGGAGGAGAACAGCCGAAAUGAGGACAAGAGGACUCCAAAGAAAUCCAAAGAACGCCUCUCUCAGGCUUUAUCUGACUGCAUCAUUUACUGUAAGAGCGUUCAGUUUGAGAGCUUCAAACACUCGAGAACCUAUUACAAGCUGUAUGAAAUGUCUUCCUUCACCGAGUACAAGGCCAGGAAACUCGUCCGAGAGCCAGGUAAUGAGUUUGUCCGACAUAACGCUUGGCAGCUGACGCGGAUUUACCCCACUGGGCUCAGGACGGACUCUUCCAAUUACAACCCGCAGGAAAUGUGGAAUGUUGGGUGCCAAAUGGUGGCGCUGAAUUUCCAGACAGCCGGGGUGGAGAUGGAUCUGAAUGAUGGACUUUUCCAGCAGAACGCCUGUUGCGGCUACAUCCUAAAACCCCCCUUCUUGAGAAGUGCAGACACCAACUUCAACCCGGACCAACCUCAGGACACCGCGGGGUAUUCUCCGGUCAUACUGUCCAUACAGGUAAAGGUCUCUGUAGCCAGAAAGUAA